AUGGCAGCUGCUGCAGCGUCUGCUGCAGGGGACCCUGCUGCAGCAGGUGCAGCACAGGAAGCAGCAGCAGCAGCAGCAGCAGAGGCUGCAGCAGCCCCCGACGCAGCAGCAGGCGCAGACGUAGAUGCAGCAGCAGCAGCAGCUGCUGCUGCUGCAGCAAACACUGCAGGAGCCCCGGACGCAGCACCUGAGUCAGGCGGAGGUGCAGCAGAAGCAGCAGCAGCAGCAGCAGCAGCAGCAGCAGCAACGGGGGACUUGUCUUUGUAUGUAGAAACAGAUGAAGACUUAUCCGAAGCAGAACUCUCCUUGACUCUGGGGGCCCCCAGGGGGCCCCCAACUGCAGCAGCAGAACAGGGGGGCCCCCCCCAGGGGCCCCCCUGCUGCACUCAUAUAUACCGACUGAACCAGCAGCAGCAGCGAGCCCACAGGGGCCGCAGGGGCUUUGAGGGGGCCCCCCUCCCGCUGCUGCUGCCGCGCCUGCUAGCCUCUGGGGGCCCCCCUGGGGGCCCCCCCUGGGGCCCCUCCCUCGGGGCUGCUGCAGCAGCAGGCGCAGGGGAGGAAGCAGCAGCAGCUGCUGCAGCAAGUGCUGCAGCAGGCGCUGUAGGAGAUGCUGCAGCAGGUGCUGCAGCAGGUGCUGCAGCAGGUGCUGCAGCAGAGGGCAGCGGGGAAGCAGCAGCAGCAGCAGCAGCAACUGAAGCAUCUUUCUGGAAGCAAGGGUCCACCCCGCUGCGUACCCUCAUGGAGAUGCUCUCAGCAGCUUCCUUGGGGGCCCCUGGGGGCCCCCCAGGGGCCCCCGGGGGCCCCCCAGGGGCCCCCGGGGGCCCCCAAACCCAAACAAGUACCCUCAGCUGCAGCAGCCCCAGCAGAAGCUCCAGCUUUCCAAACUCUGGGGGGCCCCCCGAGGCCCCAGGCCCCACGGUGGGUGACUUUGGCAGCAGGGGCCCCCAGGGGCCCCCAGGGGGCCCCAGAAGGGGGCCCCCCGAGGCCCCAGGGGCCCCUGCUUCCCUUGGGGGCCCCCCGGGGGCCCCCAAUGGCCUAAAAGCGAUUUUGGGGGCCCCUAGGGGCCCCUAG